CUCCGGUUAACGAGUCUCUUGUUUGUUUAUACACAUGAGUCAAAGGAAACGGGAAAGUUUCGAUUUACCUUUAGACAUUUGAUUCUAAUUAUAAUUCUCAUAUUUUUUAAAGCAGUUUUAAAAGAGAUUCAAAUAUGCGUCGACGUGUUGGUGGUGUAGGUGCUAUUCAAAAGCAACAACUUGCUCAAGCGAGAUUUAAGGACAAAGGCAGUGAAAUAGCAGAUGACCAGUUACAGCAGUUAUCUAAACAAAUGGAAACUUUCCGAUCUAACUUACAAGAAUUUGCUGGAAAAUACAAAAAUAAAAUAAAGAAAAAUCCGCAAUUUCGUCAACAGUUCCAAGAAAUGUGUGCAGCUACUGGUGUUGAUCCUUUGGCUUCAAGUAAAGGAUUUUGGGCUGAUUUAUUAGGAGUUGGCGAUUUCUAUUAUGAAUUAGGUGUCCAAAUAAUUGAAGUUUGCCUUGCAACCCGUCACCGUAAUGGUGGUAUUAUGAAUCUAGAUGAAUUGAGGCGACUUCUUAUCAAAUCGAGAAGUGUUGGUCCUAAACAAGAAGAUAUUGGAUAUGAUGAUUUACUCCGAGCUAUAGACAAACUUAAAAUUCUAGGAGAAGGCUUUAGAACCAUUGCUUGCGGAUCUACUAAAGAUUAUAUAGUUCAGUCAGUUCCCGCUGAACUAAACGUUGACCACACGAAAGUGAUACAAAAAGCAAGUAUAACUGGCUAUGUCACCAUUGGGCUAUUGUCAAAUGAGUUUGGUUGGGAGAAAGUAAGAGCAGAAAAGGCACUUGUUGAUUUAAUAAGAGAAGGUUUAGUUUGGGUAGAUGAACAGUUUGAAGGAGAACUAUCAUACUGGUUUCCAGGCUUACUGAAAGCAUGAAUUAAUAAUACUUUAUUUAUAAAUCAGUUAAAAAAAUUUUAAUGGAGCAAUUUUCAAAACUUAUAAAUCCAGAAUUGCUUCAUAUGUAUUGUUUACAUUUAAAUAUUGUAAUAAGAGAAAAACAUUAAUUUUUUCAGUGUGGUUUAUUUGACACUUGUAUAUCAGCCAUGUUAUACCAACAUUGGUUGAUAUACAUUUUCUUCCCUUAUUUGAUGAAUUAGUUUUUGUCUUGUACAACUUUUUUUUCUUUUACUUUAGUAUUUACGCUUUCAGUGUUUCUGCUAUCUUUGUAAUUUAUCUGAUAGCAUAUAUGUAUGAUGCUAAAAUUUAAUGUUCAUUGUGUCGAUUAGAAAC